AUGGAAACCUUACUAAAAGAGCAGCUACUAAAGAGGAUUCAAGAACUUGAAGCUGGACAAGCCAGCCUUAAGCAAGAACUGUGUAAAUUAAUCCUGGACGAUACUAGGCCUUAUUUAGGUAACAUUAACCAGGAACCUCAGCCAAUAUCAGUCGCCCAGUGGUCCAGAUUGGCUGAUUCGAGAGCAAAAGGAGGUGGCAGUGGAGUUCAAGGAGGAACCUCGCGGAGAAAGGACUCGGUUUCAUGCAGGCAUCCAUCGUUGUUACCGAGAGAAAGUAGAACAUACGGUGAUACUUCAAUUCCUAAAAGUGGAAAUUACCGAAAAAUGGCUAUGGAUUUUACUGAACGGCAGUAUUUGAAUAUACUGCAAUCAGUUGGUCAAGCAGUCUACGUGUUCGAUUCUGUUGGUCGGAUUAUUUACUGGAAUUCAUCGGCAGAGAUCUUGUAUGGCUAUUGUACGUCGGAAGCGCUUGGUAUGAAUAUCUUUGAACUCCUUACUUGUGACCGUGACAAAGAUGAAGCUCGUCAUAUAAUAUACAGGAUUACCCUGGGGGAGACUUGGUCUGGGACAAUCCCUGUCAAGAAUAAGCAAGGGAAACAAUUUGCAGUAUUUUUAACUGACAGCCCAUUUUAUGAUGUUAAAGGUAAUUUUCUAGGCAUCGUUUCCGUAGCUUUUGAUCAACAGAUAUUUCUUCGAAAAGCAAUGCCAUUUCCAAAGAUGAAAACCUAUCCAAGCUCUCGUCAGCAGCCAAAUGUCACUUCCACUGAAAGUCGCACGGAGACACAGAAAAGUCCGCAAGUUGUAGUUCCUUCGAAGAUGCAGCUUAUGGCAUCUAAAAUUACCGACAAAAUCAAGUCGAAACUAAAGACUGAUGGAAAUACCGUGGAACAUGAAGUACCUGUCGGAGAUGGCCGUUAUUUUGAUCAUGGUUCCUCAGAAAAUGUACUUUCUAAUCAUACGGAUUUAGCACCACCAUCAACUGAAGCUAGCUCGCCUGGAGGCCACAUACCCUUGCUGGAGAAAGUUUCAAGAGAACUUUCAAUGGAGUCUCAUAGUACUGAGGAUGUAGGCAAGAUUGAAAUUCACAAAAUAGCUUCUAGAGCAAAGUCUUGGAUUAAUAACAAGAAGAGGACUGGAUGGCCAUGGAAAGGAAGUGAACUUGAUGUGUUGGUAGAAGGGGCUCGUCAUCAAGCGGAUGAAUCUGAUCAUCAAAAGCGUUCAGACUCAUCCGGGGAGCCAGAAUUCAAGGUUAUGGAUGGUAACCCAUCUGGAGAUGAAGCAUCUGGUUCGUGGUUCUCUACUACUAACACUAGCAGCACAUGUAGUGGGCGAUGUACUGGUGGUCAGCAGUAG